UGGUAUUGUUUCAAAAGGACGCUUUUAAACCUUCAGCCAUUACCUGCAAUCACCAGUGAUUCACAAUGAAAGAUACGACACUCCAUGUGUAUUCACACACACCUCGUUUGAUCUAAAGCAGUUUCUGUCUCUUGUCUUCCGGCUUGUAAAAGUAUAUUUCAGAUAAGAAGAAGCAUUGAAAUGGCUCGGCUAGUAUUGAUGUACAUUCUAAUUGCAAUUCCUUAUGCAACUGUAGCAACAUCGGUUCCUACAACAUCGGUUCCUACAACAUCGGUUCCUACAACAUCGGUUCCUGCAACAUCUGUUCCUGCAGCAAAUUCACUCUCAACACUUAUCCCUGAUACUUUUUAUUACAAUUGUACCCAGGACGGAGGAAUCAAAAUAAUGAAUGAUGAAAAUUCCUUAGCCAAUGUGAAAAUAAAUUAUCUCAACAACUCCGCAAGUAACUGUUCCGAUCCAAAAACAGAGGACGAUGGAUCUAUUGCCAUAGCUACCUGUAAAAUGAACACAACAGUCACUAUCGUACUUGAGGCAGAAAAUACAACAGGAAUACUUGGAGGGAGGCAUUCGAAAACCUUCCAAAUUAAAUGUGACGAAGUGAAUAUUCAACCGUACCUCCUCAACGUAACAGUCAAAGAAAAUGUCGGUAAGAAAGCAACUCCCAAUGUUAUUACUAUGGCAACGGAACCCUCACCAUAUCCGAUAUCAUCGUUAACAAUGACUAUUAAAGACAAGAACAACACCGCUACAGAAGCAGCGUCUAUCGGCCAAGUAUUGACUGUUGCCAUAAUAAUCCCAGAUAAAUCGAACAUCAAACCAACUGAAUGCAAAGCAUCAGGAAACGGCAAGAGCGUUACACUGUGGCAGGAGAAAGGUUGUAAACACGACGACGAACUCUUCGGAGUGAACUGGAGGAAAGACUUGAAAGAGGUUACAAACACAAUGUAUGCCUUCCGGUUUGUGGGGUCGUCCACAUCAAUUAAUAUCACGUGCAUAGUACGUGUGUGUCCAAAUGGAUACAUGGGUCAUGACUGUGAUCUCUCGACUUGUGAAAGCAAAAAGAGGAAAAGGAGUACUGCACUGUUAGAGACCGUUACCAUCCAAAAGGCCACUACUUCACUCACCAUCAGAGCUCCACUCAUGACCAGUAGGGCAGGACGACAAGGAUAUGAGCUUAACACCAUCAUCGGAUUAGCUCUUGCUACUGUUGUCUUUUUGAAGAUUACAUUCUUCCAAGGAUGAAACAUGGAAUAUAGGCCAACACAUGAAAGUGUGUUUCAAAAUGAUGUCACAAUAUUUACAGCUGAUCACACAGUCUCUAUUCAACAUUCUAUAUUUUGGUACUGAAGCUUAAAGCCACAUACAGAAAUCAGUUACAGGAUAUAAUUUCAGAAAUCUUUGUUAUAUAAUAAAGUUGUGAAUAUCGACUAUAUAUAUAUUCAAACAAUAUUGAUUUAAUCAUAUCAAAUCUAUCAAAAUCACACCUUUGUAAUCCAUUCACCAAACUGAUAAAAAGAACGUAAUUCUGUUAGCCUAACUGCAUAUUAGAUCAGUUAUAUUUGUAAUAUUUAUUAAAA